UCUGAAUCGAGAGGGGGCGACGUCGUGUGGUGCCGGUGACUCUGAGUUGGCGGGAGUGAGCGUGUGAGUAGAGAUAGUAGAGAUCUAGGAUUGUAGGGCCAUAUUUGAUCUUGUUUUCUCAUCAUCUUGUUAAAUACACAGAGUCUCGUUGGUUGUAAAAAGAAGGAAAGAGAAUGAAGGUUAUCGACAAAAUCAACGAGGCAUUGGCGGAUGAGAAGAAGGUGGUGUUCUCGUUCGAGUUCUUCCCGCCGAAGACGGAGGAUGGGGUGGAAAACCUACUUGAGAGAAUGGAUCGGAUGGUGGCUCACAAUCCGGCCUUCUGCGACAUCACUUGGGGCGCCGGAGGCUCCACGGCGGAUCUGACUCUUGACAUCGCCAACAAAAUGCAGAACGUCAUCUGCGUGGAGAGCAUGAUGCAUCUGACCUGCACCAACAUGCCCGUCGAGAAGAUCGACCACGCUCUCCAGACCAUCAAGUCCAACGGCCUCCAGAACGUUCUUGCUCUUCGCGGCGACCCGCCCCAUGGCCAGGACAAGUUUGUUCAGAUCCAGGGCGGCUUUGCCUGCGCCCAAGACCUCGUCACUCACAUCAGAGCUACAUAUGGUGACUACUUUGGCAUCACCGUUGCUGGUUAUCCAGAGGCACAUCCUGAUGCCAUCGAAGCCAAUGGCCUUGCCACUCCAGAAUCCUAUCACAGUGAUUUGGCCUAUCUCAAGAGAAAGGUCGAUGCUGGUGCCGAUUUGAUCGUCACUCAAUUAUUCUACGAUACUGAUGUCUUCCUCAAAUUCGUCAACGACUGUCGCCAAAUUGGAAUCACUUGUCCUAUUGUUCCUGGAAUUAUGCCUAUUAAUAACUACAAAGGUUUCAUACGCAUGACUGGUUUUUGCAAAACAAGGAUACCAGCUGAAGUUACUGCUGCCUUGGAACCUAUUAAGGACAAUGAAGAAGCUGUCAGAGCUUAUGGAAUUCACCUUGGAACAGAAAUGUGCAAGAAGAUUUUAGCUCAUGGGAUUAGGACAUUGCAUCUAUACACACUGAAUAUGGAGAAAUCAGCGUUGGCUAUACUUAUGAAUCUUGGUUUGAUUGAAGAGGCUAAAAUAUCGAGGCCUUUACCUUGGAGACGCCCUGCAAAUGUUUUUCGUGUGAAGGAAGAUGUUCGUCCAAUUUUCUGGGCUAAUCGUCCUAAGAGCUACAUAUCAAGAACCAUUGGCUGGGACCUGUACCCACAUGGUCGGUGGGGUGAUUCUCGUAAUCCUUCAUAUGGUGUGCUAACUGAUUACCAGUUCAUGAGACCACGUGCACGUGACAAGAAACUUGUUGAAGAAUGGGUUGUCCCACUGAAAAAUGUUGAAGAUAUUCAUGAGAAAUUUGAGAAAUUUUGCCUCGGAAAGUUGAGAAGUAGCCCUUGGUCAGAACUAGAUGGGCUUCAGCCGGAGACGAAAAUCAUAAAUGAGAAGCUGGGGAAAAUUAACACAAAAGGUUUCCUUACCAUUAACAGCCAACCAGCAAUAAAUGGGGAAAGAUCUGAUUCACCAUCGGUUGGAUGGGGUGGGCCUGGAGGAUAUGUUUAUCAGAAAGCCUAUGUGGAGUUUUUCUGUUCCAAGGAGAAGUUAGGUACUCUUGUUGACCAAUGCAAGGCACUUCCAUCUCUGACGUACAUGGCUGUUAACAGAGAAGGAAGUUGGAUAUCUAAUAUCGGUCAAACUGAUGUGAAUGCGGUAACAUGGGGAGUCUUCCCAGCAAAGGAGAUAAUCCAACCGACUGUCGUGGAUCCUGCUAGUUUUAUGGUUUGGAAGGAUGAGGCAUUUGAAAUCUGGUCAAGAGGAUGGGGCCGCUUGUACCCUGAGGGUGACUCAUCUAGGAAAUUACUUGAAGAGGUGCAGAAUAGCUAUUUCUUGGUCAGCUUGGUAGAUGAUGACUACAUCCAUGGUGACCUUUUUGCCGUUUUUGCUGAUUUCUAGAGGGCUUGCUUGACUUGCAUCCCAUCAGCCAUUUGGCUGGUGCUUGCAAUUCUGGUUCAUUUACUGUCAAUGGGUUGCGUAAUAAAUUUUGGGAUUUUUAUACCUCCCAUGUUGCCCUGCUUCACCGUGCAAACUGCAUCUGCAUUCUCUGCUUAUACAGUAUCAGAGUUCUUCAACGUCUUUGCCUCUGAAUUGGUCUGUUAUGGAUUUGCUUAUACCAAGUUGUGGAAUUUACAUUUUAUUGAAAUGUACAAGAUGGUUUUUUUUUAAUGCAAGAUGGUUAUUCUCUAUUAAUAUAUUUUGUUGGGUAUGGUUUCAACUU